AUGGAAGAAACCGCUUACUUUGCUCGCGCUGCACGCGCAGUCCGACAUGUACGGGGAUUAUCCUUCUUACCCCAAGUUGAUCUGGGGCUCGAAUGCUUUUGGCUUAACGUGGUGUACUGCUACCUUGACCCGUUGCAAAACAGCCUUGUAACAUUGUCCGUCGACUCUUGUAACGCGGUAGCGGGAACCUGGAGACCAGGUUUUCCUGUCGAAGACCUCCACUUUCCUCACCUCAGGAACCUGGAGUUAGGCGGAAUGCUCGAGGUAUCAAGUCUGAAUGGAGACCAGCCUUCGUCGGAUGAGGAUACAGACGCGGAGGAUGACCAAGGGAAGAUGAAGUUCCAAAAUGCGGGAGAUGCGUAUGGCGGUUCACGGAAGACCCUGUGGCAUCCCGUCUUCAAAACUUUCAUGACAGAAUUGCGCCUCAAAAGGCUUGAGGUAUACGAGUACGGCUACCGGCGGUGGUCCGACUUUUCCAUAGAGGACUUAAAGUACUAUUGGGAGGGGAGGGGCUCGGAGAAGGGAGAAGAGGAGCGCAUAGAAGCUGCGGACGAGGCAGCAUUAGAGCAGUGGAAGAUCUCUGUGGCCCCGCACAAAGUGAAUGGUGCCAUGUAG